UGGAACAAAAUGGCCAGAACUAAACAAACCGCACGUAAAUCCACCGGAGGCAAAGCUCCCAGGAAGCAGCUGGCCACCAAGGCUGCCCGUAAGAGCGCCCCGGCCACCGGCGGCGUUAAGAAGCCUCACCGCUACAGGCCCGGUACCGUGGCUCUCAGAGAGAUUCGUCGCUACCAGAAGUCCACCGAGCUCCUGAUCCGUAAACUGCCCUUCCAGCGCCUGGUCAGGGAGAUCGCCCAGGACUUCAAGACCGACCUGCGCUUCCAGAGCUCUGCCGUCAUGGCUCUGCAGGAGGCCAGCGAGGCUUAUCUGGUCGGUCUGUUCGAGGACACCAACCUGUGCGCCAUCCACGCCAAGAGGGUCACCAUCAUGCCCAAAGACAUCCAGCUGGCCCGGCGCAUCCGCGGGGAGAGGGCUUGAACUGUCCGCUCCAUAACAAACAUAAAGGCUCUUUUCAGAGCCGCUACUUCCACUGAAGACGAUCCUGUGUCAUUACAAACAAGCACGUUAUUUAUUUCUAU